AGAUUCUCCCCCAACACACUUCGUUAGGGUUUUUCUUCUCUCCUCUCUUGUUUCCGCAACCAUGGCGACACAACCGGCGGUGGAAUCUGUUCAAUGCUUCGGCCGCAAGAAGACGGCGGUGGCCGUCACCUACUGCAAGCGUGGCUCCGGUCUGAUAAAGAUCAACGGUUGUCCGAUCGAGCUGAUUCAGCCUGAGAUACUCCGGUUCAAGGUGUUCGAGCCCAUCCUCCUCCUCGGACGACACCGUUUCGCCGGGGUCGACAUGAGGAUCCGCGUCAAGGGCGGAGGUCACACCUCCCAGAUCUACGCCAUUCGCCAGAGCAUCGCGAAGGCUCUCGUCGCGUUCUACCAGAAGUACGUGGACGAGCAGUCGAAGAAGGAGAUCAAGGACAUCCUCGUCAGGUACGACAGGACACUGCUCGUGGCUGAUCCUAGGAGGUGCGAGCCGAAGAAGUUCGGUGGUCGUGGUGCUCGUGCUCGUUUCCAGAAGAGUUACCGUUGAUGGCCUUCCGUUUUUGCGGUUCAAGUAUGCGCAAUGUUUUGGAUUACCUUCCUGUUGCUUUCGAAUUUUGAAACUUAGAUCAUCUUUUGGAAUUGAUGCUUUACUUUUGAAGAACAUAUAUGCAUGGCUAUCCUUUUGCCGGUAUCAAUUUGAUUGGGUUAUUCAAAACGUUUUACUA